UUUAAUUAACUUCCUCUUUACAUGAGAUAUCAUAGUUAUAACUGUGUCGUUCAUAACAGCUGACAAAGGUGAUAUACAUUUGAAUUUCAAACCACCAUUUUGCUACAUUAAACGUGAUUAAAAAUAUGGAUUCUCUUGACUGGAUAAUUGGUAUUGAAUAUGCUGUAGCAUUCAUAGGAAAUAAAUAUAAGACAUAUGCGACAGGUACAUCAAAAUCCUCCAAAAGCAGUAAGAAAAGACAUGAUGCACAGCAAGCACCCAAAGACAGUCAAAGAGAAGAGAGGGAAAUGCGUGAGCCAACCACAGAAAGGGUCAAAAAGAUACAGGACGAAGAAACACAAGUGCAGAAAAUCAAGCAGGAAUAUGAAGCAAGAAUAAAAGAAUUGGUACGGAUAAAAGAUUUCGAUCACAAAAAAAAUUCGGAGCGUAUAAAAGAACUGGAACGAGAGAAUAAAGAUCUGGGGCGACAGAAUGAAAAAUUAAAGAAACAACUCAAACAGUUAGAAAACCGGUCUAUGGAAAUAACAAGUGCAAUGUCCAAACUAACAGAUGCUAGAGGCAACUUUGAAAAUGUUAACGACGAAUUUAAUAAUUCUAAGCUUGCUCAAAUAUUUGAAUCUUUGUAUUCAAAUAAGUGGGUUUUCUUAGCAGGGCGGAUGUCAAAAACAUUUCGGAGCAUGCCAGAGCUGGAACGAAUAUCUUUUCUUACAAAUCUCAUGAAGUAUGGAUAUAAUGAAUGUAAAGCAGCAGCAGAUAGCCAGUUAUGUACUUUGUGGCAGACUGAUAAAAUAGAGGAGGUUCCAGCAGACGAAGACCUUUCGGAGUUCUUGCAAUUACGAAGACAAUAUGCUGUAAAAGGUUCUGUCAGAAACAAUAUAAAAAGGGUAAUUUCCGACAAGCUUUUGCAAACAGAAGAAGUAUGUGUACUAUGUUCAGGGGAAAGCGGAGUGGAUGUAAAAAUGAAAUUGCGCAGCUUUCUGGAAGAAUACCUGGACUGUUGCUGGCUGAUGUCAGUUUCGCAUCCUGCUAUGGUGCUUGAUUUUGAUGUAGUUGGAAAACAUUUUAGUGAAUGUACGGAUAAUUUCAAAGUGUAUUCCACGAAAAGGCCCGUGGAAGAUAUGUCAAAAGUUGUAGGUACAAUAUGCGAAGUUGUAUGGCCUUGUGUACAUCAAAAGGAUGAGUGUGCGAUUUAUAUGAAAGGUGAUGUUGUCCUUGUUAAAAAGGGGUUAGAGCCAAAGGAAAACAACUAAAACAAAGGAACUCUAGUUGUCGAUUUUGACAUUCUAUUUUACAUUUUUAAUGAUUAAGCUUAACUUAUUGAUCAAUAUAUUGAUCUAUCUGAAAUGGUACUGGUAUGUCCUGAAGGAAAUUCAUUUGAGUCGCGCCAUGAGAAAACCAACAUAGUGGCUUUGCGACAAGCAUGGAUCCAGACCAGCCUGCGCAUCCGCGCAGUCUGGUCAGGAACCAUGCUGUUUACUAACAAGUUUCUCUAAUUGCAAUAGACUUUGAAAGCGAACAGCAUGACUCCUGACCAGACUGUGCAGAUGCGCAGGCUGGUCUGGAUCCAUGCUGGUCGCAAACCGACUAUGUUGGUUUUCUCAUGACGCGGCUCAUUGGAGAAUCAGAACCUUAGUAUAAGCUGAAAGUGAAACAGUUCAGCGACUCCUUAUCAUUGUCAGUAAAUAGUCAGUCAGUUGUCAGUAGAUAUUUCUCUUUCUUUCUUGAAUGUGUUAUAUAAUAGUUAUCCGUGAGUAAUUUUAAUGGCAGCCACUUCACUUUCAUACUUUUCAUUUUAUCAACUAAACAAGUUCUAACAAGUUCUUUAACUAAGAUGAAUUAUAAAUAAAAGAAUUUGAUAUUGGCUUCCCUUUUGCUGAGAACAUUUUAUUAACUAAAUAAAUUGUAACAAGUCCAUUAACAACUAGGGUGAAUUUUAAGUUUAAAAAAGUGAUAUUGGUUUCCCUUUCGUUGAGCGACACUAUAACUACAGUGGUGCGCCUGAUAAUAAACCAGUUACUUUUUCACAAUGAAAGCAAUAUAACUUCAAAUUCAGAACUUCCACAAUAUCUAUAGUGUUAUCAUUAACUCCUGUUUAGGCAAUAUUUCCAAAUAACUAAAACUAACUUAAGGAAAGUACUUUUUAAACCAUUCAGGACGGUUACAAAAUUGUCUUUAAAAUGAGAAAAAUAGGAUGCUUCAAAUUUGGCAAAAUGUGGUGGUCAUUUUGUUUCCCUGGCACUGUAAAACCAAAAGGGUCGAUUUUUCGUUUAGAGAUACAUUUAAAUUGUAGUUAUUGAAUAAGGUAAAAAUAGUUUCUCAAUUUUUUUUUCAACCAGAACAAAAGUAGCUUUUACGGCAUCUAACGUUAAAACUAAAAACAAUUGUAUGCUUAUUAUAUGUAAGUCUGUACUUGGGGAUAUGCGCCGUGAGCCAGUAUUUGCUAAACAAUGGGGUUUCAGUGAUAAGACAGUAUUGUAGGUUUUCGAAAAUGCAGGAAUCGAGAUUGAAUAAACUGAAGUUUUAACUGGGUAAAAUCAUUAUCCAAUCUUAGAUGUAAAAACAGUGUUUUUCGCAUUUGGCAAAUGUUUAAUAGUAUUGGCAGUCUUGAUAUAGAUAAUAUACAUUUACAUGGUUGUACUAAGAGUUUUGUCGACGGGUUAGAACAUAAGCUAUAAGAGAUUAAAAUAUUAAUAAAUGGAAACGAUGAAUCAGUAUGGGGGAAAAGGUUGUAUUAAAUUAAGAACUUACAGACUUUUACUGACUAAUUUUGAAACUGAAUUUUAUGUUAAAACGCAACUACCAUUUCACUACCGUAGUGUAGUGGCAAAAUUUAGAUGUGGUAUAGCAACAUCCGAAUAAAAACAUGGAGAUAUGAAAGUUUUUGCGUUUGAUCAAUGAACUUUCUUUAACUAUUUGAACUUUACUGAGGAUUACUAAAUUGUCGAUUAUAUUUAUCUGUAUGGGAGGAAUUUUAUUCACAUAUCAGAAGGAAUUUCAAUGCAUCUGAUAAGGAAAACUUUUGUGUAUUAUAUACUAAUAUAGAUAUAGUAUUUAGUAGUAUACAGCCAAAACAUAGAAAGUUUUAACAUUGUCAGUUGUAGUUCAGAAAAAAAGUGUGAAGGAACACUGAUUCAAUCUGAAAAUGCCUCUGUUUCAUGCCAUAAAGCAGUUUUUAACUUUAUUUGGUCGCAAACAGAUUCAAAAUUUCUUUAUACCAUCUAUCUGCAGCUAGCCACAGAUGGAUUCGGUUUCUACAUGUUUUUUUUAUGUAAGGAAACCUUUUGAAGGUAAGCUUAUUAAUAAGGAUUUUAAUAGUUUUGUCAGUGACUUAGUCAUCUUACUAGAUAUUAGAUCUUAGAAUGUGUAAAUGUACAACUCUUCUUCUUAAUUAUCUAACUAAAAACGGACUGAAUUAUGCACUUAAAUUCACAACAGAACAAUUUUAAGGAUGUAUGUGUAGACUAAAGGUUGAUUAUUGCAGAAAUGGUAUAAGAGGGACAUAAUGUCCCUAUUUAUUUAGUUAUUUAUUAAGUUGAUCAACUUACAUGUAUAUUUAUUGUGCUUGUUUUUGUUAAAUAGCGUGUACUCCUUUUUUGGAAGUGACUUAUAGGUCCAUGGGGCCGGGUAAUUAUAGAUAAAUGUAUAUAUUAUAUGAUUUGUGCCAUUAUGAACAUUACAUGUCACUAUAAUAAAUAAAUUUCUUCUUCUUUUUCUUCAAUCUUCUGUAUGAAACUAAUUUAUAGAUCAAAUUGUCUCUUACAUUUCUGUAUUGAAAGGCAUGCGUAUUUUACUAUAUCUUAAUGUACUUUUUAUCAUGCUGUACGUAUGAAGAGACAUAAAUAAACUCUUUGUCUUUAA